AUGUCUUCCUUUGUCGAAAUUGGAGGAUAUUCAAUAAUUCAAAGGCUGGGGUCUGGUGGGUAUGGAGAAAUAUACGCCGCUAAAAAAGAAAACGAUGAAACAAUCUAUGCAAUCAAAACAGAAAGUAUCGAAACGAAACAAAAAGGCAUGGAGUUAGAAAUAAACAUAUUAAAAAGUCUUCCGCAGGCAUCAUGUUUUGCUACAGUAAUCGAUUCAGGCUCAACAGCUGCAGUUAAUUAUUUUGUCAUGCCAUUAUAUGGCCCUAGUCUUGCAGCGCUUAAGUCAAAAUCAGAGAUUAAACGAUUUUCAUUAUAUACUGCAUUAUGGGCGUCAAAGCAAAUGCUAUUAAUCCUUCAACGACUUCAUUCGUACGGUUUUGUUCAUUGCGAUGUUAAGCCUUCAAACUUUUUGUUGCAACAAAAAUCGAUAGGAGGGCUGGUUUUGAUAGAUUUCGGUUUAAGUUCUAAGUUCAGAAACGAAUCUGGUAAACAUAUCGAAAAUAAAUCUUCUGAUGGAUUCAGAGGAACACUUAAAUAUGCCUCUAUUAAUAUACAUAAGCUUCAAGAGCCCACACGGCGGGAUGACGUAAUAAGCUGGUUCUACUCUUUAGUUGAAUUAGUGAAAGGACAGCUUCCCUGGCAUGAUGUCCGUGAUAAAAAUUUAUGUAUGUCUUGCAAACAAACCAUUACAACAGAGAAACUUUGCCAAAAUUUGCCUCCACAAACAAUUGAAAUCUGGAACCACUGUAGAGACCUCAAAUUUGAUGAGGAACCAAACUAUUCAUUUAUCAUAGAACAAAUAGAUUCUAUUUUCAAAGAAAAUGAAUGGACUGCGUCAAUGCCUUUGGAUUGGGAAAAUUCAACUUCAAUAAUCAAAGACGCCACUCCAUUUCCAGAAUAUUUUAAUAAAUCAUCUCAAUGCAGUGUAUCUUAUAGGUCCAAUGCUGAUGAUGAUAGAUGUUGCUUAUUAAUAUAA